GGCGGCGCCGUGGGGCCGCGGCGUCGCUUCCUGACGGGGCGGCGCGGACAGACGCGGCCAGUGCCGGCCGGGACGCCGGGACCACAGCCUAGCUAGCCCGCUCUCUCGCGCCGCCCGCCCGCGGGGCUGCCAGCCCCCGCCGGGCCGGGGCCAUGCAGGAGAGCCAGACCAAGAGCAUGUUCGUGUCCCGGGCCCUGGAGAAGAUCCUAGCCGACAAGGAGGUGAAGCGGCCCCAGCACUCCCAGCUGCGCAGGGCCUGCCAGGUGGCGCUCGAUGAAAUUAAAGCAGAAUUAGAAAAGCAGAGGCUUGGCGCUGCCGCACCACCAAAGGCAAACUUCAUUGAAGCUGACCAGUAUUUCCUUCCAUUCGAGCUAGCUUGCCAGUCCAAGUCCCCCCGGGUGGUCAGCACGUCCCUCGACUGCUUGCAGAAACUCAUCGCAUACGGCCACAUCACUGGCAACGCCCCGGACAGUGGAGCCCCAGGGAAACGGCUGAUCGACAGGAUCGUGGAAACCAUAUGCAAUUGUUUUCAGGGCCCUCAGACCGAUGAAGGAGUGCAGUUACAAAUAAUUAAGGCUCUUCUGACAGCAGUGACGUCUCCGCACAUUGAAAUCCAUGAGGGUACUAUCCUGCAGACAGUUAGGACAUGUUACAAUAUCUACCUGGCCAGCAAAAAUCUCAUCAACCAAACCACUGCCAAGGCUACUCUCACUCAGAUGUUGAACGUCAUUUUCACCCGCAUGGAAAACCAAGUGUUGCAGGAGGCCAGAGAACUAGAGAAAUCAACCCAGUCAAAACCGCAGUCCCCUGUGAUCCAGGCUGCAGCCGUGUCCCCAAAGUUGAGUCAUUUGAAGCAGAGCCAGGAACAGAGCAAGCCAACAACUCCUGAAAAAACAGAUUUAACCAACGGUGAAUAUGCCAGCAGUGGUUCUGGAAAAAUGAGCUCAGAGAAUGGAGACGCCCCCAGAGGCAGAGGCCCUUCACUGUCAGGGACUGAUGAUGGUGCGCAGGAGUUGGUGAAGGAGAUCUUGGAGGAUGUGGUCACAUCUGCUGUGAACGAAGCAGCACAAAAGCAUGGUCUCAUGGAACCCGAGAGGGUCCCUGGUGAGUUGGAGCGCCAGGAGUGUCCUGCUCCCCCUGGAGUGGACGGGAACUCACAGACCAAUGGGGUAGCAGACGACAGGCAGUCCUUGUCAUCAGCGGAUAAUCUGGAGUCAGACACACAAGGACACCAGGUGGCUGCUAGGUUCUCUCACAUUCUGCAGAAAGACGCCUUCCUUGUGUUUCGCUCCCUUUGCAAGCUGUCCAUGAAACCCCUUGGGGAUGGCCCCCCAGAUCCAAAAUCCCACGAGCUGCGCUCCAAAGUGGUCUCCCUGCAGCUGCUCCUCUCCGUGUUGCAGAAUGCUGGCCCCGUCUUCAGGACUCACGAGAUGUUCAUCAACGCAAUCAAGCAAUAUCUCUGUGUGGCAUUGUCCAAAAAUGGCGUCUCUUCAGUGCCUGAUGUUUUUGAGCUCUCGCUUGCCAUUUUUCUUACUCUUCUUUCAAACUUUAAAAUGCACUUGAAAAUGCAAAUAGAGGUUUUUUUCAAGGAGAUUUUCCUGAACAUUUUAGAAACAUCAACAAGUUCUUUUGAGCACAGGUGGAUGGUUAUUCAGACUCUGACAAGGAUCUGUGCAGAUGCCCAGUGUGUUGUGGAUAUUUAUGUCAACUACGACUGUGAUUUAAAUGCUGCUAACAUUUUUGAGCGCCUUGUAAAUGAUUUAUCCAAAAUCGCUCAGGGAAGAAGUGGACAUGAGCUGGGGAUGACACCUCUGCAGGAGCUCAGUCUGAGGAAGAAGGGCCUGGAGUGCCUCGUGUCCAUUCUCAAGUGCAUGGUGGAAUGGAGCAAAGACCUGUAUGUGAAUCCCAACCACCAGACCAGCCUCGGUCAAGACAGGUGCACAGAUCAGGAAAUGGGCGACGGGAAAGGUCUAGACAUGGCAAGACGGAGCAGUGUGACUUCCUUGGAGUCUACCAUGUCCUCAGGGACCCAGACAACUGUCCAGGAUGAUCCAGAGCAGUUUGAAGUAAUCAAACAACAAAAGGAAAUCAUUGAGCAUGGCAUUGAGCUAUUUAACAAGAAACCCAAGAGAGGGAUCCAGUUUCUCCAGGAGCAGGGCAUGCUGGGAACAUCAGUUGAAGACAUUGCCCAGUUCCUGCACCAGGAGGAGCGCCUUGACUCUACCCAAGUAGGUGAUUUUCUGGGAGACAGCACACGGUUCAACAAGGAAGUGAUGUACGCCUACGUGGACCAACUUGACUUCUGUGAAAAGGACUUUGUCUCAGCACUGCGGACAUUUCUAGAAGGUUUCCGCCUGCCUGGGGAAGCCCAGAAGAUUGAUCGGUUUAUGGAGAAGUUUGCUGCAAGAUACAUAGAGUGCAACCAGGGGCAAACGCUGUUUGCUAGUGCUGACACUGCAUAUGUCCUCGCAUACUCAAUCAUCAUGCUGACUACAGACUUGCACAGCCCUCAGGUAAAAAAUAAAAUGACAAAAGAGCAGUAUAUUAAAAUGAAUCGGGGUAUCAACGAUAGUAAAGACCUACCAGAAGAAUAUCUCUCCAACAUCUAUGAAGAGAUAGAAGGCAAGAAAAUUGCAAUGAAAGAAACAAAAGAGCAUACAAUUGCAACCAAAUCAACUAAGCAGAAUGUAGCUAGUGAAAAGCAGCGACGGCUGCUGUACAAUUUGGAGAUGGAACAAAUGGCCAAAACAGCCAAAGCUCUGAUGGAGGCUGUGAGCCACGCCAAAGCCCCAUUUACCAGCGCCACUCACUUGGACCACGUCCGGCCAAUGUUCAAGCUGGUGUGGACGCCCCUGUUGGCCGCCUACAGCAUCGGACUGCAGAACUGUGAUGACACUGAAGUGGCCUCCCUGUGUCUGGAAGGCAUCCGCUGUGCAAUCCGGAUUGCCUGUAUCUUUGGAAUGCAGCUGGAACGAGACGCCUAUGUUCAGGCUCUUGCUCGCUUCUCCCUACUGACAGCCAGCUCCAGCAUCACAGAAAUGAAGCAAAAAAACAUUGACACCAUAAAGACACUAAUUACUGUGGCUCACACGGAUGGCAACUACCUUGGGAAUUCCUGGCAUGAGAUCCUGAAAUGCAUCAGCCAACUGGAGCUUGCUCAGCUGAUAGGAACUGGGGUGAAGACCCGCUACUUAUCUGGGUCUGGGCGUGACAGAGAAGGGAGCCUGAAGAGCCACACGUUGGCGGGAGACGAGUUCAUGGGCCUUGGCCUCAGUAACUUGGUGAGCGGUGGUGUGGAUAAAAGGCAGAUGGCUAGCUUCCAGGAGUCGGUGGGCGAGACCAGCUCUCAGAGCGUGGUUGUAGCUGUGGACAGAAUUUUUACUGGGUCCACCAGACUGGAUGGAAACGCAAUAGUUGACUUUGUCCGUUGGCUGUGUGCUGUGUCCAUGGACGAGCUGGCUUCUCCCCACCAUCCCCGAAUGUUCAGCUUGCAGAAGAUUGUGGAGAUAUCAUACUACAACAUGAAUCGGAUCCGGCUGCAGUGGUCCCGAAUAUGGCAUGUGAUUGGUGAUCACUUCAAUAAGGUUGGUUGUAAUCCCAAUGAAGAUGUGGCUAUCUUUGCUGUUGACUCACUAAGGCAGCUCUCCAUGAAGUUUCUGGAGAAGGGAGAAUUAGCCAACUUCCGCUUCCAGAAAGAUUUUCUGAGGCCCUUUGAGCAUAUUAUGAAGAAAAACAGGUCUCCGACCAUCCGGGACAUGGUGAUCCGUUGCAUUGCCCAGAUGGUGAACUCGCAGGCGGCCAACAUCCGCUCAGGCUGGAAGAACAUCUUUGCUGUGUUCCACCAGGCAGCCUCUGACCAUGAUGGGAACAUCGUGGAGCUGGCCUUCCAGACCACCGGCCACAUCGUCACAACUAUCUUCCAGCACCACUUUCCUGCAGCCAUCGAUUCCUUCCAGGAUGCUGUGAAGUGCUUAUCAGAGUUUGCCUGCAAUGCUGCAUUCCCCGACACGAGCAUGGAAGCCAUCCGGCUCAUCCGCUUCUGCGGGAAGUAUGUCUCCGAGAGGCCGCGGGUGUUACAAGAAUACACAAGCGAUGACAUGAAUGUGGCUCCUGGCGACAGAGUCUGGGUCCGAGGCUGGUUCCCCAUCCUCUUUGAGCUGUCCUGCAUCAUUAAUAGAUGCAAGCUAGAUGUACGGACCAGGGGACUCACAGUCAUGUUCGAGAUCAUGAAGAGCUAUGGCCACACCUUUGAAAAGCACUGGUGGCAGGACCUGUUCAGAAUUGUGUUCAGGAUUUUCGACAAUAUGAAACUCCCAGAGCAACAGUCAGAGAAAUCUGAGUGGAUGACAACAACAUGCAAUCAUGCACUUUAUGCUAUUUGUGAUGUAUUUACCCAGUUCUAUGAAGCUUUGAAUGAAGUUCUUCUUUCUGAUGUGUUUGCACAAUUGCAGUGGUGUGUAAAACAAGAUAAUGAACAGCUGGCUCGAUCAGGUACAAAUUGCUUAGAAAACUUAGUAAUAUCCAACGGAGAGAAAUUCAGUCCUGACGUCUGGGAUGAAACAUGCAAUUGCAUGUUGGACAUUUUCAAAACAACCAUCCCACACGUUUUGCUGACAUGGAGACCUGCAGGAAUGGAGGAAGAGUCAUCAGAAAAACACCUGGACAUGGACCUGGACCGCCAGUCUUUAAGCAGCAUAGAUAAAAAUGCCUCCGAGAGAGGCCAGAGCCAACUCUCUAACCCAACGGAUGACAGCUGGAAAGGCAGGCCAUAUGCAAAUCAGAAACUGUUUGCCAGCCUCCUCAUCAAGUGUGUGGUCCAGUUGGAAUUGAUACAGACCAUUGACAACAUCGUAUUUUACCCUGCAACGAGCAAAAAGGAAGAUGCAGAGCACAUGGUUGCUGCCCAGCAAGACACACUGGGUGCGGAUAUUCACAUAGAGACAGAGGAUCAGGGCAUGUACAAGCGCAUGUCUUCCAAGCACCUCUUCAAGCUGUUGGACUGCUUGCAGGAAUCCCAUUCGUUCUCAAAGGCCUUCAAUUCCAAUUACGAGCAGAGGACAGUCCUAUGGCGAGCAGGUUUUAAGGGCAAGUCUAAACCUAAUCUUCUAAAACAAGAAACCAGCAGCCUGGCCUGUUGCUUGAGGAUCCUGUUUCGAAUGUAUGUUGAUGAGAACCGCAGGGAUUCUUGGGAAGAAAUACAGCAGCGACUUUUAACCGUGUGCAGUGAGGCGCUUUCUUAUUUCAUCACGGUGAACUCUGAAAGCCAUCGGGAGGCCUGGACGAGUCUUCUGUUGUUGCUGUUAACAAAAACCCUCAAAAUAAACGAUGAAAAGUUUAAAGCACAUGCUUCAACGUACUACCCCUACUUGUGUGAAAUUAUGCAAUUUGACCUGAUUCCUGAACUCCGAGCUGUUCUGCGGAAGUUCUUCCUAAGAAUAGGCGUUGUGUAUAAGAUAUGGAUUCCAGAAGAACCAUCCCCAGGACCAGGGACACUGUCACCUUUGUGGUAGCCUUGGCUCCCUUGGGAGCCACUGCUGCAGCUCUGCAGGUUUACCAUGCCACCUCUGCCUAGCACAUCUCAUCAAGGGUCAGACAGCAGCAACAGCAGUCGGCACACAGGAAUGCAGGAUGCCUGGAUAAGGAUGGCCUCUCCACUGGCCCCAUCAGUCUCUGGCAAAGGCGUUGUGGUGUCAUUAAACUGUUGCAUACCCAGUCACCACAGUAGGUGGGGAGUCUGUUUCAUCUCUGUCAUUCCAUUUUACUGGUUGAACUGUCUGUCCAGUCUGUCACGGCGCCCGCCGUCAUUCUCUAGUUAAGUCCCUGAUCGGCGAUUAAUGUUUCGUCAGAGGAAGUCACUCUCAUUGAAAGUACUGAACAUAGCUGUAUAGGUUCGUGAUUAUUAGAGAGUAUGUUAAUAAAAUUUCUUGUAAUGGCUAAGUGCGCCUAAAAUAUGCUGGGUUUUUUGUUGUUUGAGUGUGUUAGAGAAGUUUGAGUGUUCUUUCUCGGUUGUGAGUCAGCUGUAGUUAGGUUAGUUUGGGGAAAGGUAAAGGGGAAAGAAGUUUUUUUUUUUCUUUCCUGUUUUGUUUUGCUGACACCUGAGGGAUUUUAUUAAAGUCUUUUACAAAAAAAGUUACUGAAGAUUUGAUUGAAAGCGGAGUUUAGUGAAUAAGUUAGAAUUAAGAGCUUGCAAGGUCUAAAAACUUGUAGUGCCUCCUGGCUCUCACUGCUUUAGUGCUUGGGGAAAACAAAUCUAUAGGGAAAAAAUAAACAAUUUACUAAAGAUGAUUAGCCUUCCUUGAAGUGAGUAUUUGUGGAUGGGUAUUCCAUUAAAAUGUCCAGAAUUCAUUGUCCAUCUCACACACUUUGUGAAAUCUAAUAUAUGAAGUAGAAAUGAAAUGAAGUAAUAAUUUAACAGAGUUAAUUUAUAUUUAAAUAAGCCUUUUCUUUUACCUCAGAAUAAUGAGGGCACCAAUGGUUCGCAUCCCAACUUUGCACAAUCCCCGUUCAAGGGCCCUCAAGAGGGAGGGAAAGUGCUGUGCUGGAGAAGGCCCCUGUGCACCUCCUUCGCCCUGCACCAUGGCUUGAACUAGGCAAGACCCUCACUGUGGUGGGGCCAGCACAGCUGAACAGGGACAUCGGAGGGAGGUGGCCUGUGCCUGAUGCUCCAGCUCACGUGAACCUAGGAGCUGAGAUCUGACUCUGGGGUCCUUAUGUUAAUGAUGGUGCAAUACUCUUAACUGCAGUAGAGCUGAGUUGAGUGAGGACGUGGCCUCUGUGGAAGUGGACCAUCUGAAGACACAGGGCCUGACGCCUCUGAGCAGUAGAUUUGGAAACUUAAUUUAUUCUGAGUCAGUGAGAAAGAGAACCUAUGCUUCAUUCCCUGCCCGCUCACCCGCUGCCUGGAGGGCAUUGAGGUUAGCAAGUGUUGCAGAGUUCUUUGAACAUUCAGACUUUCUACCCACACCCUUUAGUCCUGUGAAUUGGGUUGUAUUGAUGCCAACUCUGGUGCCUUAGAAGUUAGUAAGUUGGGAACCUAUCUAUAAAAUCUGAUAUUUUUUUCUUUAUACAGAAGGAUUUCUGGUGCUUUUGUUUACUAAGAGAUCGAUUUCUUAAAUUUUGUUUUUAACAGCCUUGAGGAAUGCUUGUUUGGGCCAGUAGUACUCUGUCUACUCUUUUCUGCCCCCAAAAGUAUUUUCAUUUCUCUACCAAAGAAAAAGAGCAGGUUUAUUAGAUCUUUAGGUUAUUUGCAUACAUUAGGGGGAGAAAAGCUUUCUCACGCAGGAAGGGAUGGAGGGAGAGUAUUUUCUGUGAGUGGAAAGUGUUAGCACAUGUGAAUGGCGUACUCAGUGUGGACCUACCUUCUGGGACUUGCUUCCUGGGACUGUAGUGUGUUCGAUCUCAACAAGCCCACCAUCUCUGAUGUUUGUACUAAUGGCGUAAAUGGAGAACACAAGUUUGUUCAGAAUGUACAGGUUUCAUGCUGCUGCAGACCUGGUUAGAGAUGUUAUCCUUUCCCUCUGAGGGUCUCCUGUGACAUUUUCUUCAUCAAAUGUGACUGCAGGACUUUUCUAGUAUACGCCUUCUCUUUCAUUUUUGCCUCCUCUUGCAGAAUAAGAGAUGUUAGUGCAUUUUGUUACUUGCUGAAACUUGUCAGAUUCUGAAUUUAACAUUGUCUUUUAAGAGAUUCGAUUUCUGAAUAAGGCAUCUGAACUGUACCAGCACAGAUCUUUUGAAAACUGGAUGUUAAAACUAUUCAGGGUCAUUUUUCUCAGUGGUGGACCGUGAUGUACAGAGGAAAUUCCUGGAAUAAGCCAUUCAACCUAAAUUCUAUUCUGUGACUAACCUAACUGAGCUCAUGUCAGCCAUGGUGUGUGCCACUCAGACACCAGGAAAGGGGCCAGGACAUCACUAACAGAGCCGAGGAGAAGAGGGGAGCAUUUCCAAGGCCUGCCUUCUCUCUCAGAAUGCUUUAAGUGUUGAUUAUAUGUGCUGGGUCUCUCAAGAAGUUUUCCUUUGUUACCAUACUGCUGCUUCAAGCAAUUUUUUUUCUCAUUGUCCUUUAGAAAAAUCACCAGCUUUGGCAUCUUAACAACAAACGUGGAUGGGAAAUUUUAUUUCUAAUAAUGCAUCUCUAGAAUCAAGUACACCUUUCCCCGUUCCUCCUUGCAUACAACCAAAGAACAUAUGUGAUGGAAAUUGUAUAAUAUUUCAGAAUACAACUUUUUCCUCUGACAGGUGACUUUUUUACAAAAGGAAAAGAAAAAAAAAAAAAGAAACGUUUUUGUUGUUCUUUUAUGACUAUGGCUAUACCUUUACUCAUCAUUGCAGUUAUUCAAAGAGCCUGCUGACAAAUACUAGAAUAAAUAUCUCAUUCAAAUGUUUGUUGUUAUGAUGCAAACAAAUACUGGGUUACCUAGAAGCUGGAUCCCUAAUACUGCGUUUUCUGAAUUCUGUUCUAAUGUUUGUGUUAAGAUAGACAUAGCUUGUACUCAAUGAAAUCCUGGAGUUUUGCUAUGAGCAGCUUUGAAGUUUGGAAAACAAAGAAACCAAAGCUGAAUAUUUAAAGGAAUGAGUGUGUCUGGAAAGCCUUGCUCUCAAUAAAAGGACAUUCACGAAAGUAUAGUUUUUCUCAGUGUUCUAAUUUUUUAAAAAUUUUAUCUGCAUUUGUGCAUCAAUAUUUCUUUAUGUGCAAAGUGUACGUUUUACCUCCUUAAAAUACCUAAAAGUUGUUAGCUACUUCUGUUUAAUCUACACACAAUGAUUAAGUGCAUUUAAUAUUGGUAAUUUAAUGAAAAGCAUUCCUUGCCCAAUGGAUGUAUACAUUUUUGAAAGAAUAAGCAGAAUUAUAUAACAUGAAAUGCUAUGUAAAGUUUUCUAUGUAAAAAUAUUAUGUAUAAUACUGUUAAAAUAUCUCAUGCUUUAAUCAGGUGGUAAAUCAAUAAAGUUUUAAA